AGAUAGGAACAGCCAUCUUGGAUGAAUUAUACGACUUCUUUGGGCUUAUACACCUUCAGUGCAGUUAGCAUCUAGUCCAGCUACAUAAAUGACCAAAAUAAAAUGGUGCUUUAUUCAUAUUAUUUUUGUUUACUUUGAUUUUAUUUAUUUAUUGUUUAAUUUUGCACUUUCCCAGUGUUACAGUAUUCUAUUAUUCUCAUAUACUUCUGGUUUCAAACUUGAUUUUUUUUUUUCUCAGUUGGGCUUGUUAUAAUUCUUUAAUUCUUUUUCAAGUACUGCACAAAAGCUAAAUACUGUCUCUUAAAGCUGUUAGUUAUUGAGAAAGAAUGUGCAUGUGUGUAAAGAAGGCAGCGCUACUCGAAAGCCAUUUUCCUGCCCUAGUUAGAGGUGUAAAUAAUUGCUCUGUGUAAUUUAUGGCUUUGUAUUGUUAAUCUUUGCACAGUGAUGUGCUUAUGUCCUUUUAUUUCAUUUCUUAUUUCUGUUUUCUUCCCCAAUGCGUUUUUUUCAGUUUGGCAUUGUUCUGAUUAACAGACAUGCUGGCCAAUUUUCACACGUGGAAUUUUUUGAAUAAGAUGUAUUAUUGUUUACAAGGCCACAUUUCAGGAGUUCUAUUAUCCUGAGAAGUGAGGCUUGAAUUUCAGUUAAUGGUUAAUCCAAAGCGCAGUCUUUAUGGCACUGACAUAUUUUUCUGUGUGCAUAUGUCCAAGGUACAGGUGUGCUAAACCUGAAUCAGGCCCUGAUUUGUGUUUGUGUUUUUGCAUCUGAGAAUACAGUGCAGCAUUCCUCACUGGUACACAAAUAAUCACACACACAGUCACAGUGUGUACAUGUCCUUGUCCCAACACCAAAAUUUGAUGUAUAAACAAAAGUGUUAAAUGCAUUUCAAUCAUAGUUACUAAAUUAAACGUAAAAGUAGGCUAUACGUUGAUACGUAAUCAGUGUACAUACAGUCAUGGAAAAAAGAAAGUACCCCUCCUUCAACUGUACGUUUUUAGUUUUCCGGGCAUAACACCUUCAUUUUUGUCUUCUUUAGCCAUUUGUGUAGUAUUCAUCGUUGUCUCAAUGACUGCAAUUUUCCCAGGGCUUUUGGCUGCAAAACAAGCCCAAAUCAUCACCCCUCCAACACCAUGUUUUACAGUUGGUAUGGGGUGUUUGUGGCGAUAGACCAUGUUUGGUUUUCCCGAACAUAGCACUGUGCAUGAUGACCAAGCAUCUCCCCCCUUGGUCACAUCAGUCCAAAGGAUAUUGUUCCAGAACUUUUGUAGUAUGUCUUGCUCCAUGUUCUUUUUGGAGAGAAGGGGCUUUUUUCUAGCUACCCUUCCAUGAAAUCCAUACUCGUUCUGUCUUUUUCUGAUUCCACUGUCAUGAACAUAAACAUUUCAUGUGAGGUUUUCUUAUAUUUCUUAUAUGGUCUGACUUUGGACUGAAUUUGCUGAGAUGCCCACUCCUGGGAAGACUGGAAACUGUCUUGAAGACUCUGCAAUUUAAACAGCAGUGCUACGUGGAGAGGCGCUGGGCUGAUGUGUGUGUGGGUGAUGUGGUGCAUUUGUGUUGUAAUGAGAUCAUUCCUGCUGACAUGGUGCUGCUUCACUCAUCUGACCCAAAUGGAGUGUGUCACAUCGAGACUGCCAACUUGGACGGAGAAACCAACCUGAAACAGAGACAAGUGGUCAGAGGCCUGCCACAAGAAGGAUCGGAAUUUACUCCAGAGAACUUCAGCAGCCGCAUUGAGUGUGAAAACCCCAAUGAUGAUCUGAGACGUUUUAGAGGCUACAUGGAGCACCCCAAUAAGGUACGGGUGGGAUUACAUAAUGAAAAUCUCCUGUUGAGGAGCUGUACAGUGAGGAAUACUGAGACUGUGAUUGGCAUUGUGGUCUAUGCAGGUCAUGAGACAAAGGCAAUGCAGAAUAACAGUGGCCCACGCUAUAAGAGGAGUAAACUGGAGCGCAAACUCAACAUAGACAUUAUUUGGAGUGUAGUCUUACUACUGCUCAUGUGCCUUACGGCUGCUAUAGGCCAUGGUGUGUGGCUGAGCAGCCUGAAGGAUCCAAUCUUUAUGAUCUCAGAUGGUACACACCCAGCUCUCGCUGGCUUCUACAUGUUCUGGACUAUGAUCAUUGUUUUGCAGGUUCUCAUUCCCAUUUCUCUGUACGUGUCUAUAGAAAUAGUGAAAUUAGGGCAGAUCUAUUUUAUCCAGAAUGAUCUGGAUAUGUAUGAUGCCAGGCUGGAUACUGGUAUACAGUGCAGGGCACUGAAUAUCACUGAGGACCUGGGACAGAUCCAAUACUUGUUCUCAGAUAAGACAGGAACUCUGACAGAAAAUCGCAUGCUGUUUCGUCGGUGCACUGUUGCCGGCAAGGAAUACCCUCAUAAUGAGCAUGCGCAAGCUAUGGAACAGUAUGAGGAGCAGGUUGCUGGCCGACCUGAUCGCACACUCUCGCUGCGUUCUAGCUCCAGGAAGUCUCUCAGCUGCAACCGCAGCUCUUUAUCCCUCAAUACCCUCACUGCUGCUUCUGACACACACUUGCCACAUAGCACACACCACCAUCACGUACCUGGGGCUUUUAGCAGUGCCAUGGAGUGUGCAGUGAUUCCAGAUGUGCAGCUGCAUGAAAAGCUGCAAGCUCUUUCAUUUCCUCAGUGCUCUGCUAUUAAGUAUGAUGCUGCAGAACUCUCACACAUCCUAGACUUCUUCCUCGCCCUUGCUGUCUGCAACACUGUGGUUGUGUCCUCCCCCAGUCAGCCACGUCACGUGGUGAAGACACCAGUGGCUCGCACUCCUUUGCGCUCUCUGGAGGAGAUGAAGACUCUUCUGCAGAAACUGAGUCGCCCUCGCUUCUCAUUGUCCCCAGCUGAGAACUCUGACAGCCCUCCUGGCUACACCAGGAGGUUCUUUUCUCUCAAUCGUCACAGUCAUACUACGCCUCCACAUACACCUACACACACUCCAUCACCCAGCCCUGCCGUCACGCCUCAACAGCAGCACCACAUAGAGGUGCUCGAGCAAGACUAUGAUGAAAAUGAUAAAGAAGAAGAUAAGGAUGAUAAAGAGGAAGAGGAAGAGUUGCUAUAUGAGGCAGAGAGCCCGGAUGAGGCUGCACUGGUGCAGGCUGCAAGGGCGUAUGGCUGCACUCUGCUGGGCAGGUCCCCGGAGCAGCUGCUGGUUGCCCUGCCAGGCACUGGGCCACUCACUGUGCCGCUGCUUCACCUACUGCCCUUCCACUCUGCCCGCAAGAGAAUGUCAGUAGUGGUACGUCAUCCACUCACCAGCCAGGUAGUGGUCUACACCAAAGGAGCUGACAAUGUCAUUAUGGAACUGGCUGGGACAUCAGAUCAUGGUGACAGUUCUAGAGAGAUCAUGAAGCGAACACAGCGACACCUAGAUGACUAUGCCAAGGAAGGCCUACGAACACUCUGUGUUGCAAAAAGAGUCCUGCAGGAGGCGGAGUACAAGGCCUGGCUAACUGAACAUGCUUUUGCUGAAACCAGUAUUGAAAACAGGGAAGAACUUCUUUUGGAAUCUGCUCAGAAAUUGGAAACUAACCUUACAUUAUUAGGGGCGACGGGUAUAGUGGACCGCUUACAGGAAGAUGUUCCAGAGACCAUUGAAGCUUUACAGAGAGCAGGGAUUAAAGUAUGGGUGCUCACAGGGGACAAACAGGAGACAGCCAUUAACAUUGCGUGUGCCUGUAAACUCUUACGAGCAACUGACCAGUUACUUACUGCCAACUGUGACAGCAAGGAAGCAUGUGAAGCUCGGCUUGUAGAACUCCAGCAGGAGAUCAGAGUCUCUAAAGACAGGGGUUUGUCUAACUUUGAUUUGGAUAUGUCUCAGGAUGAUGCUGGCAUCUCCGGCUUUACACUAGUGAUUGAUGGCCGCACUUUAGACUUUGCCCUGCAGAAGGAGUUACAGAAAGUAUUCUUGGAUGUAACAGUCAGCUGCCGAUCGGUCAUAUGCUGCAGAUCUACCCCCCUGCAAAAGAGCCAAGUCGUUCGACUUGUUGGUGACUCCCUGGGGAUCACAACCCUCGCUAUAGGUGAUGGAGCAAAUGAUGUCAGUAUGAUUCAGGUGGCAGAUGUGGGUGUUGGCAUCUCAGGUCAAGAAGGCAUGCAGGCUGUGAUGUCCAGUGAUUUUGCCAUCUCCAGAUUUAAACAUCUGAGAAAACUGCUGCUGGUUCAUGGGCACUGGUGCUACACACGACUAGCUAACAUGAUCUUGUACUUCUUUUAUAAGAAUGUUAUGUAUGUGAAUCUGCUGUUCUGGUUCCAGUUUUUCUGUGGUUUCUCAGGAAGCACCAUGAGUAACUCUUGGGUGCUCAUCUUCUUUAACCUGCUGUUUACGUCAGCUCCACCUCUGCUGUAUGGUGUGCUGGAUAAGGACGUGUCUGUUGACACACUCCUGUCCCUGCCACAGCUCUACAAAGCUGGACAGAACUCUCAGGCCUACCUCCCUUCCACCUUCUGGCUGAACAUGCUGGAUGCUUUUUACCAGAGCCUGGUCUGCUUCUUUAUUCCAUACUGUACUUUUGCAGGUUCAGACAUUGAUCUAUUCUCUUUUGGUUCUCCCAUCAAUGGUUCAGCUCUAUUCAUCAUCCUUCUUCACCAGGUCAUAGAGAGCCACACACUGACAUGGCUCCAUGCAGCGGUGUUACUAGGCAGUGGCAUCUUCUACUAUGUGUUUGUCCUAGUGUUCAGUGUCACAUGUGUGACGUGUAACUCUCCCACAAACCCAUUUGGCAUUGAGACUAAGCUGAUGUCUGAGCCACUGUAUUACUGUGUGUGUGGACUCACUACUGUCCUAGCACUGCUGCCCAGGGUGCUAUGUCGUGCAUUCUCUAACUCCCUCUGUCCGUCUGACUUGGUGAAGGCUCAGAAACUGGACAAGUCCUUCACAGGGCAGUAUUGGAGCAAUAGCCAUCACUGGAAAGAAGACAAACCUGCCAAACAAAAAUUGAACUCCAGGCCCAUCCCUCAGACUCUCAAUGUGAAUGCUGACAUGCCCCACUUUGCAAACUGCAGUUCAGAGAUGGGCCCUGUACCCUCCUGAUUAAUGAUUCAAAAGCUGCCUUAAUACUGAGAAAUUGUCCACAUUGUACUUUUGAGACAAGCAAAACCAGACAAAUCUCCAAACUGGCUUUGCUCUGACUAAUGUGUUUACUGUCACUGACAUCCCUCCACAUUCUCGUCUUUUCUUAUCAAGACUACACCCAUUAGCCAUACCUAUUUUACAUAUCCGUAUGUACAUUCUCUGUUGUGGAAUGCCUCGAGAAAGCACUCAACCCACAUUGUUUUUUCACACAGAAUAAAAAAGUCGGAAUAAUAUCAGAAUAUCUGAAACAGACAUAAGUGUGAUUUGAAAAAAAAGGGGGAGGAGGCCUUCUUCACAGAACAGUAAUGCUCCAUAUGCUUCAAUAUACUUUUAAAAUAGGAGUAUAUUGUGAAAAUGUUCAUACUUUCAAGGUUGGACAUGGUUUUGUUGGACAAGGUUGGUGCUUGGUUUUAGGUCACUAUGCUAUAAUAAAAGUCACUAAAUACUAAAAUGCUGAACAAACAGGGCACUUGUCAGAGAAGCUGCUGUAAGAACUGUGACUCCGAAUGAGUUUCAGAAGACAGUGCUUUUAAGAGGAGAAAAUGAGUUGCAUCAGAUUUGCUCCUGCUUGGCUGUAGAGAAGACUUGCUGCCACACUGGCCCUAGCUGGAUAACAUUGUCUAUCCCUGAUCUAAAAGAAACUACAGAGAAACCAGUGUUUUGGCCUACAUGCAAAGUGACCCAGAUAAAGUGGUUCCAAUCUGAUAUCACCAACGGUGGAAGAUAUGCCUAUGUAGUGGCCUGUUCUUUAGCAACACAAACAGGAACUGACAACUUUGUUAGGAAUGAUGUUUACAUUUACAUUUGCAGCAUUUGGUAGAAGCCCUUAGAAGUGUUUUAGUUUCCAUCAAAAUCAUAUUCUAGUACAUGAAGGUCUAAUAAUACUUAGCUAAAAUCCUGGCAGACAAGAGUUCAAUUGUACAAGAGUACAAUGAGUUAGUACAGAAACACAAACAGUACAAGCCAACGUUUUUUAGUGCUCCUUGUUGAAGCAAAUGUUACACAUUUCAGAGAGAUUCUUACCAAAGGCCAAACAAACAACUGUUGAAGUUUGUCGUUCAACACAAGCAUAUUUUAAACCAAGGUUUAAUAAGAUUCCUGUCCUGCAGAGGUUUUUCUACUCCCGACACACCUCAUCCUACUUACAGAGAGAUGCAUAACCUAUGCAGGGUGAUGGGCCUCCAAACCACGCCGCAUAAGCAACACUGGACUUUCAGAGGCUUUGAAAGUUUUAACUGAGUAUUAAGUUUGGGGACAUAAAUACCAAUUGAGUACUUUUUUUUUUAAAGAACUGUAUGUACAAUCAUUUACUUGUGACUGCGCAAUAUGAACAAAAUGCUAUAAUGUGAAAUAGUUUAACUGGGAUAUGCCUUGUGACUUAAAUGUUUACAUAAAUGUUAACAUUCAUCAACACACCCUAUAAAACAUCUGGGUCAGGAAGUUCACAGCAUACAAUAAAUCAUUUAAUCAUUUGUUAGAGGGCUCAUUUGUAUAUUGCAGCCUUCUGCAGUACCAGUGUUUCAAUAUUGUAAUAUCAAUUAACAUUCAUGUUGUUCAAAUCAUGCAGUAAGUGUAAAACAUGCUGUUGACUGAAUUGUUCACUUUUUUUCUAUAGGCAGUGCUAAUGUCCUGUGCAGUUCAGUGAUAUUGAAUUUUGAAAGGAUUGUAAGAAACUGAGAUGAAUGUCUUUAAAACAGUUUUCUUUGCAGUGAAUGAUGUGUGUUGAUCUGUGAUUAUUAUUUAAAAUAAGUAAUCAAGAAUGAGUGGUUUGACCAAAUGUGAUGCUUGACCAUGUGAUUUUUUAGACUGAAUUACCUGUUGAAAAAUUGUGAAAUAAUUUUGAAAAAUUCAAAAUGUUACAUGUUUUGGGAUUGUUUUUGUCGGGUUCUGUGUGUAUUGUAUACUUUUGAAAGAAUUUCUGAUGCUGGAAAAAAUAUGAACAACCAUAAAGAUUUCUUUAUAAAAGAAAUAAAAUUAUGAAAAACACUGUUAUUGCUCUUUGUAUUGUACAUUAUAUUGGAGCCCUG